AUGGGCGUCAGGAUCGCCAUUCGGGAACAGCUCGCCUUCCUUGUGGUGGUUGCUGUCCUUCUUGGCUUGAUGAUUCUGUCUGUCCCUGUCUGGAUAUACGUCAACAAGUUCGUCACCGAGGUCGAAGGACGUGAGCUCGCCCUCACUGCCUCGCUCAAGGCAUCGCGCGUCUCUGCCGAGCUCGAACUCCUCCAGUCCAGCAUUGUUACCAUCUCGUCCCGAAUUCUGAUUCAAAACUCCCUGUUCGACUUCUACGGCGGAAACGACACGGAGGGGAAUUGGGCCCAGGCCAAGGAUGAUCUCAACAGUGCUCUGAGUGUUGGCGGUCUCAAUGGGUUGCUACAAGGGAGGAUCUACUCGAGAAACACCACUGGCAACGUUCACGGUCUGCUCAAUGUCACCGGGGAGGGAAUCCCCCGUAUUCCAUUGCCAUAUGGUGGCUCCAAUGGACAGCCGGCCUACCUCUCCGAUACCCCUGAGGGCUACCUGACUGCCCUCUACCCAAACAUCACCUACACGGACCUUGGACGUCCUAACCAGUACAGAAACAACACCCAGGCCUUCGCUGCCUUUGCCUUUCCCGGCGUUCGCAUUACGGCAAACGGUGGCUUGUUGCUUGGCCCCGUGGUGAUCAACGAGACAACCGCCCUCAUGUCCAUCACUGUUCCGAUCCGCUAUAACCUGCAGCCAGACUUCGUACUAGGAUAUAUGACACUCGUCGCCACGGCAAACUCUCUGAUCAGUAUCCGCAACUCCCGCGAAGGCUUGGGCAGUACAGGUAUAGUGCUGCUCGUCGGGCCCACAACCCAAUCCAACAGGUUCCCCUCAGACCAAGCAGUCAGCAACGCAACGUAUCUGCCGGACAGUCGCAAAAUAGGCGAGGUGCCAGUGAAGUUUGUGCUACCGCCCAACCCCUUGUCCGGUCAAGCCGAUCGUCACAGCAAACGAAGCUCGGCGAACAGCCAAGACGAUAAGCCAUUUCCCAUGAAGUCCUACCCGGCGGUUUUCGAUUCUUUCGCCAAAAGAUUCGCUUCCCCCAACAACUCAAGCUCCGUGCUCUCAACAAAGAACGAACAGGGCUAUCCGGUCGCCGUGGGUUUCGCUAGAACCAAUACCGCCCUCGUUAACUGGACAGUCGUGGUAGAGCAGGCCAAAUCAGAGGUCGACCAGCCCAUCGACACCUUGCGGAACAUCAUGUUGGGAUGCGUCUUCGGCACCGCGGGUCUCGUCAUCAUCCUCAUAUUCCCCUGUGCUCACCUCAGCGUGAAGCCGAUCAGACGACUCAAGACAGCGACGGAGAAGUCGGUCCAGCCCCCAGGCUACGAGGAUGGAUACUAUUCUGAUUUAGAUGGCGGGACCCCCUGCUCAGGUGGGCUAUCGUCUCGGUCAAAGCGGUCAAGAAAGGACGGGUUCAUCGCGAGCAUCUACCAGUUGGUGCGUUACAAGCAUAGGGAGAAAGUUGCCUCCGACCACGACCGCGAUUCAACCCGCCGCAUCUUCAAAAUCCCUGGCAAGGUUGAGAACCGCAAGCAUUUCAUCACCGACGAGCUCACCGAGCUGACAGAGACCUUCAACGACAUGAGCGAUGAGCUAUUUAAGCAAUACACCUCACUGGACCAGAAAGUCUUGGAACGGACGAGAGAGCUCGAGAUCAGCAAGAAAGCGGCUGAGGCCGCCAACGAAAGCAAGACGCUGUUCAUUGCUAACAUAUCUCACGAGCUUAAGACUCCACUGAACGGUAUCCUUGGGAUGUGCGCUGUUUGUAUGGAGGAAAACGACAUUCUGAGGAUUAAGCAGUCUCUCAAGACGCUUUACAAAUCAGGCGACCUGCUGCUUCAUCUGCUUGAAGAUCUCCUUAGCUUUUCCAAGAACCAGAUUGGCCAACAGCUCAACCUGGAGGAGAGGGAAUUUCGCCUGGCCGACAUCAAGUCGCAGAUCCUGACCAUCUUUGAUAAGCAGGUCAAAGAGGGUCGGAUCACACUAACUGUCAACUUUCUCGCUCUCGAAGCCAUAGAACUUGGCAGCCCCGAGAGAACAAGCACAGACAACAGGCUGCCUGCCCUUGGCCCACACGGUACCGGCAGACUGAAGGACAUGUGUCUCUGGGGCGACCAACACCGCAUUCUUCAGGUUAUCAUCAACCUAGUGAGUAACAGUGUCAAGUUCACGCCGGCGGGUGGUAGGGUAGAUGUUCGCAUCAAGUGCAUUGGCGAGGUGGAAACUCCGCCAGCGAACGACGGCAGCCGCUCUUCGUCGUUCUCCAAGGAUUCCCGACGACACAGCCGGCCCCGGCACCGGCUCGGUUCCAACUCCAGCCAGUCUGUGAUCUCAAAGGGAGGUUCAACUUCUGAGCCUGUUAAGGGCACUGCCUUGGUUAUUAACCCGAUGGAGCCCAAGUCGACACCGCACAUCUACGUCCAGGAACGGUCUCCCACACCGCCGCCUCCCGGAGCAAAGGCGUAUCUUUUCGAAUUCGAGGUCGAAGAUACCGGUCCGGGUAUUGCUGAACACAUGCAACAGAAAGUUUUUGAACCUUUCGUGCAAGGCGACUUGGGAUUAAGCAAGAAGUAUGGCGGGACGGGUCUCGGCCUGAGUAUCUGUCAUCAGCUCGCGACCCUCAUGGGAGGCUCCAUUUCCCUGAAGAGCACCGUUGGGGUUGGCACGACUUUUACCAUGCAGAUUCCCCUGAAAUACGUCAAGAACAAGGCAUCAAGCACCGCCUCCAGCAGUGUCAAUUCUCGAACUCCGAGUGUUGAUGCCAUCGACAAAAUUGAGAGCACCCAGAACUCGAAACGCAACUCUGGCGGAACCCCCGUCAAACCGCCCAUCAAGCCAGCUAAUGAGACCAAUGCGAAAAAUCUCCUGGAUCAGCAGCCAAGGCUAGUCGGUCUCAGUCAGCCGUUCUUUGCAUCCAACCCAGCACCGAAAGGAAAGCGAAACUCUAGGGAUCAGAUGGCAGUAAUCGACAAGGCGAUGGCCACCAAGGCCAAUCCGGAGGUAAAACUACGAGUGCUUGUUGCCGACGACAACUCGACGAAUAUUGAGGUCGUCAGCAAGAUGCUGAAGCUUGAAGAGGUCUACGAUGUCACCGUAGCCAAAGAUGGCCAGGAGGCUUACGACCUUGUCAAAGCAAACAUGGAUAACAACAAGGGUUUCGAUGUCAUUUUCAUGGACGUCCAGAUGCCGAACCUCGACGGGCUCCAGUCCACGAAACUCAUUCGCAAGAUGGGCUACACGGCUCCCAUCGUUGCAUUAACGGCUUUCUCGGAAGAGAGCAACGUGAGGGAGUGCAUGGAGAGCGGCAUGAACGAGUUCCUCAGCAAGCCUAUCCGACGCCCAGCAUUGAAGCAGGUUCUCAAGAAGUUUGCCACGAUCCCGGAAGAGCCCGAAACGACAAGUCUGACCAGAAAGACGACGCCGGAGCGAGCCACGUCCGAGAAACUAAAAGAAGCCAAUAGCGGUACCGCCCCGGAGUUGAACGAGAAGGGGGAUGCGAUCCACCCAAACGGGAACGGAAACGGGAACGCAAUCGCGGCGGCAUCCGAGCAACCUCUGUCAGAAAAGGGGGCAUAG